AGUGGGGUGGGGGGAGGAGGGGGUGGGGAAGUGGCCACUCAGAGCUCAGGGGUCAGUAGUGACACUCAGGGAGGAGGCACAGCAGAAGAGUGGCUGCGUGCCCAGCCUGGUCUACACUAUGGAGUAGAGAGUGCUGAGGGCCUCCAAGGUCUGCCCGUUGACCAGUACAGCAUGCUCUAUAGGGUGGCUCUCCCCUCUGUCUCCUACUCCCAGACCAGUCUACACCCAGUGUUAAGCCAUAUCUCUCCAGCUUACACUGUCCCCUCAUCUCUCCUACAGCAUCAUCCAGGGAUCUCCUAUCCCCCUCUAGGCUAUGCCCAGAUCCCCCACUCCUCUUUCCAGUUUGUCUCCCCAUAUGGUGCAGUCCCUUAUGCAGUCCCCCCUGGCUUUGUCCCCAGCUCCCUGAUCUCUCCCUCGGGCACCCUCUCCCAGCCCCACCUGGUCCCCUACCAGUCAGUCAUCCAGGAGGGGGUGGUCUCCCCUCCUACCCAGACCCAUGUAUCUGCCCAUGCCUUUGCCAAAGUGGGGUCGUCCGGAGGUGUCCCGCUGAUGCUGACCUCGGAGCAGGCUGCCCAGCACCAGCAGCACCUGGGUGCGCUGCCCGCUGCAGAGCUCAGUCCUCGGGGAGUGCCAGUCUUUUACCACUCUCGGGGAACCAGGGCUGCACCUGCCCCCUGGGACCCCUACAGCGGGGAGCAGGAGACAGACGGGGAUAGGGAGGUGAAUGGAGGGGAGAGGGAGCAGGCAGCCAGGGAGAUGCUCCAGGACUCAGUCUACAAUGCCAGGAAUGCACGGCUGCUGCAGGCAGCAUCUGCCUCUGCAGCACUGGAGCACGCACAGGACAGAAGCCUGAAGAGCCGCAGGCUGGACGAGAGGGCUUCGCCUGGGCAGCGCAGCACCCCAGACACUGACCUGGAGGUUCAGCAGGUCGUUGGUUGCCUAGCCUCUCCUGUCCAAGGUGUGAGUGGAGGCCGCAAAGAGGUGUCCUUUGGUCCCCUGAACCUAUCCCAGGGCUCUCAGAGAGGCAGAGAGGCUCAUGGGGAGGCAGGGGAGAGUGCUGGCCGGACAGGGUACGCGAUCCACCCUGCGGUGUAUGGAGACCCCCGAGUGAUGGCCCAUCAACAGCAGGCAGGGCAGCCAGGCCACGCUGUCAUCUUGGCCAAUGGACAGACAGUCCUGGUCCCCUUAGACUAUCACCACCUCCCCCACCAACAUCAACAGCCACCCCAGCACUACCCCAGCCAAACCAAUGAUGACACCUCUGCUGUCACCAUGGCCUCCCCCACCCCCUACUCUAAAGCCUCUGAAUCUCCAGCCAGAGUGUGCCUCCCAGACAGGGCUGUGGUGGAGCUGGCCACCGUGGAGCAGCACCCCCAGCAGCCUUUUUCUGUCCCAGUCACAGCAGCCCUCACGCAGGCCCCGGCGCCCACCCCUACCCCCUCCAAUCCCUCCCAUUUCAUGAAGGGGGCCAUCAUCCAGCUGGCCACGGGGGAGUUGAAGCGUGUGGAGGACCUGCAGACUCAGGACUUUGUGCGGAGUGCUGAGGUGAGCGGGGGGCUGAAGAUCGACUCCAGCAUGGUGGUGGACAUCAGGACCAGCCAGCAGAGACCCGGCCUGGUGGUGCUGCACUUCACAGUUGGCGAGCAGCAGAGCAAGGUGACCAUCGACGUGCCCCCGGAGCACCCCUUCUUUGUGUUUGGCCAGGGCUGGUCCUCCUGCAGCCCAGAGCGCACGGCCCAGCUCUAUGGCCUGGCCUGCCACCACCUGCAGGUAGGAGACGUGUGUGUGUCCAUCACUCUGCAGCAGCCGUCCCAGCAACAGAAACAGCCCCUGCAGCAGCAGCAACAACCACAACAGCAGCAGCAGCAGCAGACCCAAGCCAGGACUUCCACCAAAGCCAACUCCACAUCAGGGGCAAUCGGCCAGCCCAUGGGUCCCCCUGCCCCCCAGCAGCCCAGGCCACAGCCUCACUUCAGGAUGGAACGCGUCCACAGAGAGAGGGAGAGGGGGGAUAAAGAGGAGCCCAUGCAACUAGGGGGUGUUGGGCAGAGUGAGAUGCCUACCAGACCAAAUAGGACUUCAGCAGAGCACACUAGGAGCCAGAGCAGUUACUAUUUGCACACGGAGGGUUCUGUUCGUCCAGGGGCGGGGGUGGGAGUGGUGUCGACAGUGUCGAGCGCGUCUCAGAGGCGCUGGUCCGCCCCCGGCCUUCAGAGAUGCAUGAAGGUGGAGGAAGGGGGGCACCCUCAGCUGGGCUCCUCUCGACCCUCCUUCAUCCCACAGGAGGUCAAACUGUCCAUUGAGGGGCGCUCUAACGCUGGGAAGUAGCACCAACCACAGCAGUCCACACCACAGAAGAGACUGUCAGAGGAGCGAAAGCAUCAGAGAGGGAGAAAGGGGAUAAAUAGUGGAAAUGUAGCCUCAGAAUGUUUAAUAUUUUGCACACCUAAUAAGAUUACAAGCUCUUUGUUUUCAGAGGAACUACCUGGUCUUGUGGCUGGUCAGGUCCGCUCUAUUUGGUAGUCAGUCAGUCAGGACAGCUCCUGGUCCAGUGAUCAGGAGAUUGGGUCUCUGUUCUCCCAGGCUGACAGGGAGCGGAUGCAGAAGCAGGGAGUGUAUGUAGCUGGUGAAUCGCCUACCAAAGUCCUCAAACUGCAUCUUCCUUCAUCCCUACCAACCCCUCAGAACCAUCCUUAUCAGAGGUGAACCAACCCUCAGAACCAUCCUUAUCACAGGUGAUCGCAUUCAUUGGACGUUCUCUCUUCUUUGACCAAACCAUCUCUGGAAACCCAAGACUGGGGAGAAUAGGUAGCCCAUGUCUGGUAGACAGACAUAGGGUCUGACAGUGACAAGAACAUAGCUAUCCUAUUAUGCUCUGUCUCCCCCACAUUUCUAUUUUGGUCUGUUACCUUCAAAAGCUUUCUCCCAAAAAGAAAAAAAGACUAAAGGCACACUUGCGGAGCUGAAUUGCUGGCAUCGGCACAUAGAUGCUUUUCCCUCCAAUGAUGUUGGUUCUCUUGAUGCAGACUCUUGACGUGUCAUCGUCACUUAGUGUGCUUCUCUAGUAGGAGCAGAGGACUUCUACCAAGGCACAGACACUCUCCCUCGUCUCCCUGCCUCUCCUUGUAGGGCCCACUCUGCUGAGAGAGGGUCUGAGAGGAGGGUAGGCAGCCUUAGAGGUCUUUCAAUCAGCUCCUUCAAUCAACCAAUCAGAACCUAGGAAACCGCUCACUCCUUUCGUAAUGCACAAACCACGCUUCCCCGUUUUUAAUUUUACACCCCAACCCCACUUUGUGCCACGGUUACAUGUCAGUUUUCCUUUCGAAAGAAACCAAAAGAGAUCAUGCAUUCCAGUAUCAUAGUGAUUAUCAUAGUGACCACAACACUCAUCAUCCCGAAUGCAGCCCUCCCUGCCUGCUACACCUCUCAGCAUUCCUCUGGCUGGUGACUGUUUACUGUCAUUAUAUUAGUAGACACCACUACUGGAGGCACGGGCUGGUCUCCACCAAUGUCACUUGUGGGAAUGAUGCCUGCAUGGAGCAGUACUGGCUGAGAGAGUGAAACCUCCCCAUAGAGCCAUGUUGGCUCUCUCAGUACAGCAGCCCCUGGGCUUAUGAGGGGGAAUCCUGUGUGUGUUGGAGGGGAUUGAGUUGGCCCUGCUUCAUACCCUUUUCACACUAUUGUCCCAACACAAACUGGGGGGAUCUUUUGGCUUGCUUUCCAGUGAAUAUAAUUGGUUUAAGGUUAUCCUGCCAUUUUCCAGCCUGUUUUGGGUUGUUCAUGGCUAGCUAACUAUGUGCCUCUGUUUGUUUUAAAAGCAGGAUGGCACUACAUAUGUUAUCUGGCCAGGUCAGCUUACGCGACUGUGUGAAAUGGGUAUAUGAGACCAGUCAAUCCUUGCUCAGUUACCAAAAUCAAAGCAAUAGUGUAUUUUCUGUUUAUUUGGGGUUUUCUGUAUAUUUUGUUAUUGUUUUUAUAUAAAUAUACAGCUUGUGUAUCAGACCUAAUACUAUCUUUAACCCUGACCUGAAACGUUCCUGCUUUUCAAGGUGAUGCACAAUUUGGCUCUGAAAUGUUUUGAUCUUUGUUAUUACAGAUUCACAAUCAAAGCAUGCCUUUUGAAAUGAUUUUUAUUUCAAAAACCAGGCAUUUAUUCUGAAGAGAAUAGUCUCCUUUUUGAUGGACUGGAGGUUCGGGCUCUGGUCCUCACUGAUAAUAUUCAUUAUUGUUUUAUAUGGUUACCCUAUAUAGUUACUCUAUAUGGUUUUAUUCAAGUGCAUCUCCAAGAGAGGCUUGACUCCAAAUCAGUGGUGAGCAUCUUAACUGUCCUCUGUUUCGUCCUCUCCUUUGUCUUUUAAUCUACUUGUGUACAUGUCGAAUUGUUUUAUUCUGUCCAUGGCAAUAUUAUUUCCAGUGGACCUUAAGAUUGUCUUGUAUUGCACAUAGAAAACUUCACCUGUUGAUUCACACUGACCUUGUAAUGGGAAUCACAAAUAGUUUUUUUUUUUUUUUUUAUGAAGGGAAAAUGUUUUUGUAGCUAUUACAUUUUUUUGAAGUGUUCUUAAGGUAGUUUUGGCAAUAGAGAAACUGACUUGCAUGGUUGACACUGUUUACAAAUUAGCCAAGAAAAAAUGCUGCUGUUUCCUUUUUCGGACACAGAUUUUAGUCACAGAAACUUCAAGUGGAUGAAAUCAAGAUGAAGUGCAAUUAGACAUUUAGUUUGAUAUGUCAUUCCAUAAAGCAGAAAGACAUUUAGUUUGAUAUGUCAUUCCAUAAAGCAGAAAGACAUUUAGUUUGAUAUGUCAUUCCAUAAAGCAGAAAGACAUUUAGUUUGAUAUGUCAUUCCACAAAGCAGACAGACAUUUAGUUUGAUAUGUCAUUCCAUAAAGCAGAAAGACAUUUAGUUUGAUAUGUCAUUCCAUAAAGCAGACAGACAUUCCACUUAGCUUAUGGUAAUUACGUUUUUCUUUUAAAAUGUCUUCACUGUUAAUCCUCUUGUCAGAAAGACAUUUCACCUCAGUUUUGUCUAGUUUUAAUGUCUCUGGUCACUUCUGAACCGAUAGUCCUUGUCUGCAAAUGUUGUGUAUUUGUUUUUGAUGUCACAUGAUGUGCUCCAACACAGAUCCAAGCAUUAAUAUCCCAGGCUCACCGAUACUGUGUGAGGUAACUGUGUGUUAGAGCAUCUAUCUGCUGGCCUGUCUGUCCUUGUAUCCUGGGCUUUGAGCUCUGAGGUGAAGACUGGUGAUUGUGUGUGGUGACAUCCAAUGCCUUCUAACGGACUUGAGUCCCUCAUCCACGCUAUUUAUAGACGGCUGUGUCAAAUCUAGUUCAUACACCCCUUCCAACCCCACCACCCUACUGCCUCCAGAACAUUUCUGUUGAGUGGAGCCUCCAAGGACACACGGUUCACUGAGGAUAAAACCUCAGACAGUCUUUGACAACAAGCCAUGAGAGAAUGUUCCUGAAGGAGAGGGGCGGUCCGUUAGGCCUGAUCAGGGCAGAGUCACAUGCCAUUUGAUGCAGUCAUAACAACCAAUUUGACAUUUUGUUGAAAUAUAAAUGUUUUUAAAUACGGUAGUGGUUAAAUGCCAUAUAGAGAUGAGCUGGAUGAUUUUCCACAGUGGAGCAGUAGACAUUUAGCCAUAAACCGCUCAAUACUUAUUAAUUUAUUUUUUACAGUAAUUUACGUUUGUUACAUUUUUUAUGCUAUAAGCAAUACAGUUAAACAGAAUACCUGAAAAUGUCAUGUAGUUUAAGGGUGUGCUAUGCAGUAAACUCUGAAGUAUUCUGCUCUUCAGUGACCAAGUGUACCUACUACGGGGUAGGACAGGUUUGUAAUGUGUAUAUAAGAAGGUGGCUGAUGCAGUCAUUGUACACUGAUCUCUCUGAGUACUAUAGCUUAUCAUUGCCCACCAUUGGGUGUCUGAAUAUAGUGGAUUUAUUUUGUUUUUGUUCAGACCCUUAGUUGUCACUAACCUAAGUUCAGCACAGUGUUUUGUUCCAGUCAGCUCAGCCUAUUACCUCCACCUUACGCUGCCAGGUAGUACAGGCCAAAUCGUGACCAGAGAAGGGUAUGCAUGUGUAACUCAAAUUUUUAUGUAAAUUUGUCAUUGACGUCUAUGGAUUUGUGCUGAAAUUCAAAUUAUGUGCAUGGAUAUCCAGUUAGAUUUUGGCCUUACGAUCUCUCUUGGUCACGUGUAGCAAUCCAUUGGUUAGAUAUGGUAUGAAUGUUACGGUGUGUAUUUCAGCCCUGUAGGGUCAGAGUCUUCUCUUUGGUGAACUUUUACUCUCCAAAAUGUACUGCCUUACCAAGGGCUCUCAGCUGGGCCUGUCUCACAUUUUAUAGGAGAUGGUGUGGAGAGUGCAGAUGUUCUGAAAAAGGAUGCUGUAAACAGCCUGCCUGUGUCUGUGCACUGUUGUCAAAUGUUUUGUGAAUGGGUUGCAUCUCAUGUCCCACCUCCCUGGGGGCUCUUCUAGAAAGUAGGAUCAAUGAGUUAGCCAGCGAACAGUCCCCCAAAAAACAGGAAGAACUGCAUUUUUUUCUAGAUAUAUGAACUUUGACAUUUGUAAUGGUAUAAUUGACUUGACAACCAACAAUCCAUAUUCGGGUUUAGUUUUCUAAAUAAAAAUCAAGAGAUGUAUUUGACUGUUUAUCAAAGUUACCUGGCUACGGUAAUGAUCCUGCUUCCUGGAACACCCCACAGCUCAUCAACACACUCUUUCCGCCAGAUAUUCUUACUUCAGUAAAAUAUUAUUAACAAACAGCACUUCUGUGUCUUACCACGUCCUCUCCUCCCCUUGCCUUGCCACACACCAUGUGGAUCAAACACAGUAUUCUGGUCUGGGACAACCAUUCUAGGUGCAAAGCAGUGCCUCCUGUUUAUUUACCUCUUCCUCUCUGUCUUGAACACGGUAUGAGGCAGUGGCUGUAUGACCACUCUGACUCUCAGCAGACAGUCAGGUGGACAGGCACAUUAGCAGCACGCCAUCUGUUACACUCAGACUAGCAUCGUUCUCAGACUUCUGCUCGGAGCGUGAAAGAGCUACUUCAGCCGUUUUUUAGGUUCUUCUCUUGACUCUAACCAUCGUAAGAAAGGGGAAACAUUUGACCUGUACGUUUUUGACCUCACUCUUAUUACAGAGUCAAAGAAAAUUGCACUAAUUUGCCAUCCUUUAUAGUAUUAUAAAAUUAACGGUUAGUUAAUUGAAGUUUUUAAUUAUUAGCGCUAAACACAAAACCCAAUGAAACAAUCACUUGUCAGUUGUGCAUGUUUGUAGAGAUAAUGUUUUGUAUGGCUAUUAUCAAGCUUGUCAAUAAUGCCUUAAGAUCUGUACAAUGUGUUAAUGGAAUGAUGCUUAUAAGUGACCCAGUUUCCCUGUUUUUCUGUAGCUGCAAAGGUGGAUCAGUUCACUCUUGUUGUAUUGACCCCUCUUGGCACUCUCCUGGUGUUUUAUUCAUAAGCAGAAAGGCAUUUGGAAAUGGACUGUAUCUCCAGAUAGGGAGAGGUUACAGUGAGGGAUCAUGUUAGGGUGAGUCCCUAUCGCUGCUUGAAAGCUGGACCAGUAACUGACUCACUGUUGUUUUUUUUACACACACACACCACCCUCUGUUAAUGUGAGUGCAUGUUGGGAGUAGGUCCCUGAAGGUGAGAGGUUGUGCUCAAUGUAUUUUUGUUCUGGUCCUGUCUGAUCUAUUUGGGAGAGAAUGUGAGGCUUUUCAAACCAGUGACAACUUUCCUUUAUUGGUAACUGUAUGGUCUGUUUUUGUUUUGUGAUUAUGGAAAAAGGCUUUAUGACCCCUGUAUAAAGUAGCCCUGUUGGUCUGAUCUUGUAUGACUGAGGUAAAUAGACUGGAUGGGAUGGUGUUGUUGCCAGGCACUAGAGAUGCAGAAUAGAAUUAAAUCAGGAAGAUGAAUGGUUAAAAGUUAAUGGAGUCGUUGGGUAUUUUCAGAUUUUACAUUUGUAUUUUGGCACUAAAGUUACUGCUUUUUACGUGACAUUUGACUAGUUUUAAAAGAAACAGCAUCUUUUUUUAAAGUAUAAAAUCUGCUAAAUAUAUGCAAUGAUGUAUGUAAUAUUCAAUCCUCAAAUAUAAUCCAGGUUGUAUAAACUUUUGUAUAGUGAGUUUUAAUAUCGUAUGGCCGUACCAAUAUGUAUUGAUUCGUAUCAAAAGCCUUAGUUGUCUAUCCAAAGUGCUCCCUUAGAAUACAGUACCCUACACCUACCUGAACUUUACAAAGCAUUAAUAACUAUAUUUUGUUGCGUUUUUUUAUUUGUACCCUUUUUGAAUAAAAAUAGAUUUGUACUGUAUAUUUGUACCGCUGUGAACUACUUAAGGCUGUUUUGUUUUUGUUUUGCUGUUUUAAUUCUAUGUACUUAAGGACACAAAGAUAUUGUAUUUUUAUUGUUACAGCUAACUUCUUGGAGACAUUGCAUUUAUCAUGUUUGUUAAGUAAACACAAUAAUAUAUAUAUAUAUACUUACUAUUACCCUA